CAUUGCUACUUUUGAGAGGAUCCACUUAAGAUUCCGUUCUCGUCGUUGUCGUGUUCCAUUCAAAAGAAGAACGAACAAUGAACAGUUCAUCACCGGCUCAUUCAUCAAUUUCAACGACGGCGGUCGUGGGCGGCGGAGUCGGAGGUAUGAGCAACGCCGCCGUUUCCGUUGACGAUUUUCAUUUUCCUUAUGAUCACAUUUCAACAGAAGAGCGAAAAGAUGAAGCCAUGCUAGUGCUAAAGUCGGAUCUUAUGGCUGCACUUGACAAGGAGGUUAAAUCCCUGGAUGAAGAUAACUGGAAAUUUGAAGGACCUCGUUCUCGGAUUCACCUUGUAUCACGUCGAGGUGGUCAUCUCCAUAGGCCCACAGAAAUUUCAAAGAAUUGGAAUUUUACUCCACCGAAAUAGUUGCAAUGGAACUCUGUCACCUCGAAGCAACGUGCCUCUGUUUAAUUAUCCAGUGAUUAUGGCUGUGUUCUGCAGAAAAGAGUUAUUAGGCUGCAUUGAUAGAAAGCAUUUUGGUUAUGCUACAAUUUCGCGUGAUUUAUAGUUCUGGAAGAACAUGAUGAGUUGAUGAUUACAUAGGUGCCUUUCAAUGAGUCCUUGGCCUUUAUAGUCUGUGUAGAGAAGUUGGUGUCAUUUUAAUGUAUGCAGUAUCAUUGCUUCAGUUUUGAGGGGUCAAUAGUUAAUUGCAGUUGAUUGUUUCAAAAUUUAUGUAUUUUAAUUUAGUGGGAAUCAUUAAAAAACCAAGUUAGUGUGAGUUUGUAUUUUUAUAUUUAACCUGUUUAUUUUUUGACAGGAUAUUUUACCUGUCUAUAAAUAUCCGAGUACUGUAUGAUAUAUUUAUUUGAUAUGAAUAAGGAAGGAAUUUCAUUGAAAGUUUUA